AAUGACUUAUACAUGAUUUUUGUCGCAGUGUUGCAGCAGCCAAUCAGAUUGCGAGUCUUAAUCGGGGAAAUGCUAACUGUUUAUCGCAGGGGGUAAAAAGAAAGAAUAUAUUCUGGAUUUUGAAGCCCUGUGAUCCGAGGAUGUCUUAACGCUGUGGAACUAAAACAGUGGUGGCCACCAAUGAUGCAAUCAUUCUAUCUCACAUGUUAUAAUGACAAAUUAUAUGCCAUUUAAAGGGUUGCAUAUACCUUACCAUAUGGAUACAGUGUACAUCAUGGCGGCUCGAGGCAAAUCUAAUGGAUCAGUCUAUUUUUAAGAUAUUAGGGGAGUUAGGGAAAUUCCAUUUUAUUGAAAUCGUCUUCCUGAAGAUAAAACUAUCCAUCGAAAAGUUUACAAUCUGUAAAUAUUGGGUGGUUAAGAGGGUGAAUUAUCCUGAAAUGUUCAAUAGAUUUUACCAACAGGAGACAAUACUACUGCCUGAAAUGUUCAAUAGAUUUUACCAACAGGAGACAACACUACUGCCUGAAAUGUUCAGUAGAUUUUACCAACAGGAGACAACACUACUGCCUGAAAUGUUCAAUAGAUUUUACCAACAGGAGACAACACUACUGCCUGAAAUGUUCAGUAGAUUUUACCAACAGGAGACAAUACUACUGCCUGAAAUGUUCAGCAGAUUUUACCAACAGGAGACAAUGCUACUGCCUGAAAUGUUCAGUAGAUUUUACCAACAGGAGACAAUACUACUGCCUGAAAUGUUCAGUAGAUUUUACCAACAGGAGACAAUACUACUGCCUGAAAUGUUCAGUAGAUUUUACCAACAGGAGACAAUACUACUGCCUGAAAUGUUCAGUAGAUUUUACCAACAGGAGACAAUACUACUGCCUGAAAUGUUCAAUAGAUUUUACCAACAGGAGACAAUACUACUGCCUGAAAUGUUCAAUAGAUUUUACCAACAGGAGACAAUACUACUGCCUGAAAUGUUCAAUAGAUUUUACCAACAGGAGACAAUACUACUGCCUGAAAUGUUCAAUAGAUUUUACCAACAGGAGACAAUACUACUGCCUGAAAUGUUCAAUAGAUUUUACCAACAGGAGACAAUACUACUGCCUGAAAUGUUCAGCAGAUUUUACCAACAGGAGACAAUACUACUGCCUGAAAUGUUCAGUAGAUUUUACCAACAGGAGACAAUACUACUGCCUGAAAUGUUCAGUAGAUUUUACCAACAGGAGACAAUACUACUGCCUGAAAUGUUCAGUAGAUUUUACCAACAGGAGACAAUACUACUGCCUGAAAUGUUCAGUAGAUUUUACCAACAGGAGACAAUACUACUGCCUGAAAUGUUCAAUAGAUUUUACCAACAGGAGACAAUACUACUGCCUGAAAUGUUCAAUAGAUUUUACCAACAGGAGACAAUACUACUGCCUGAAAUGUUCAAUAGAUUUUACCAACAGGAGACAAUACUACUGCCUGAAAUGUUCAGUAGAUUUUACCAACAGGAGACAAUACUACUGCCUGAAAUGUUCAAUAGAUUUUACCAACAGGAGACAAUACUACUGCCUAAAAUGUUCAGCAGAUUUUACCAACAGGAGACAAUACUACUGCCUGAAAUGUUCAGUAGAUUUUACCAACAGGAGACAAUACUACUGCCUGAAAUGUUCAAUAGAUUUUACCAACAGGAGACAAUACUACUGCCUGAAAUGUUCAAUAGAUUUUACCAACAAGAGCCAACACUACUGCCUGAAAUGUUCAGUAUAAUGAGUGAUUUUAUAACUGUCUUCAUAAAAUCUACUACUCAGGGAUCCCCUUUGGAACCAUUGUAAUUAAAGAUUUGGUUGUAAGUCAUUGUUAAUUAAAAAGUAGACACUUGUUUUCUGGAAAUCAUACCUAGUGCAAUUGUACCAAAACGAAC